AUGCCGUGCUUUUCCCGUUCUUCCCCCUUCCCGCCGGCGGCGAUUCUCAUUCUCUCCUUCUUCGCAGCUGCAAAUGCCGUUGACAACAAUGCCUCCUGCAAUCACGAAACGCAAUUGAUUAAGGUGAAGAAUUGGAUUGAUGGCAAAGAAGGUGAAAUGGUUAAUGGUAUGACCGCGAGAUUCGGCUCUUUAUUGCCUGAAGAUGCUGCUCAAUCUAUCAGAACUCCUCUUGUUUCUUCUGUUCCCGCUGAUUGUUGUUCCCUUUCAACUGCAAAGGUAUCUGGAUCAGUUGCUGUUUGUGUCCGCGGUACUUGUGAUUACACAACUAAAGCUACGAUUGCACAAUCAGGGGGCGCUAAGGGCGUCUUGAUGAUAAAUGAGCAGCUCGUUGAGAUGAACUGCCCUAGUGCUACCAUGGAAAAGAUAGACAUUUCAAUCCCAGUAGUGGAAGUAACAGCGUCAUUGGCGGAAAAUCUCAAGAAUUCUUUGUCGUCUGGAAAGAAAGUGGAAGUUCUACUAUAUGCACCCGUUCGUCCAGUUAUAGAUUUCUCUGUUGGAUGUUUGUGGUUGAUGUCUGUUGGAACAGUUAUAUGCGCCGCAUUAUGGGCAGACUUCACUGCUACUGAUCAGGCUGAUGAAAAUGAUUUUUCUCCUAAGGGAUCUUCCACUGCUGAAAAAGGGGCCGGUGAUUCUGAAAAUGAUAUUGUUAACAUAGAUGCAAGGGGGGCUGUCAUUUUUGUCAUUACAGCUUCUACGUUUCUCGUGCUACUGUUCUUCUUCAUGUCAUCUUGGUUUAUCUACGUGCUGAUUUUUCUUUUUUGUAUUGGUGGUAUUGAGGGGAUGCAUAAUUGUAUUGUAAGCCUCACUUUAAAGAAACAUCCCAAUUAUGGAGAGAAGACUGUGAAUGUACCUUUGUUUGGGAAGACAUCUUUUUUCUCACUAGCAGUGCUACUAUUUUGUACGGCAUUUGCGGUAAUAUGGGCUAUUACUCGACGAGAAUCAUUUUCAUGGUUUGGCCAAGAUGUUCUUGGUAUCGGUUUAAUGAUAACAGUAUUGCAAUUGGCUCGCUUGCCUAAUAUCAAGGUUGCUACUGUACUACUUUGUUGUGCAUUUGUAUAUGACAUUUUUUGGGUAUUCAUAUCCCCAGUGAUAUUCCAGAAGAGUGUUAUGAUUACUGUUGCUCGUGGUGACAAGGCAGGCGGUGAAGCAAUUCCUAUGCUUUUGAGAUUUCCCCGUCCUUCUGAUCCUUGGGGUGGCUAUGAUAUGAUCGGAUUUGGAGAUAUUCUGUUUCCUGGUUUGCUUGUUUCCUUUACUCGUAGAUACGACAAAAUUAAUAACAAAGGGGUAUUUGAUGGAUAUUUUCUUUGGCUGGUAAUUGGCUAUGGCUUUGGCCUCUUCUUCACAUAUUUGGGGUUAUAUAUGAUGAAUGGUCAUGGACAACCUGCACUCCUCUACCUCGUUCCAUGUACACUAGGAGUCGCUGUGAUAUUGGGAUGUAUAAGAGGUGAGCUCAAGGAUAUUUGGAAUUAUGACGAAGACUCGGGUUCAUCUAAAGAACCUCCUGAAGUUUGA